GGAAGCCCUCUCUAUGCUGGGGGACUUUUACUGACUAAUUCCAGCGACACCUUUGAAGCAAAGGGAAAAAAGAAGCGGGGAGGUGGGAAAUGGCAGACCACAUGAUGGCCAUGAAUCACGGGCGAUUCCCUGACGGAUCCAGCGGGCUCCACCACCACCCUGCCCAUCGGAUGGGGAGGGGUGCCUUCACUACCCCCCACCACCAUCACCCGCAGCACCACCACGGCCCCGCCGCGAUGCUGCCCCCCAAUGUCAUAGACACUGACUUCAUCGACGAGGAGGUCCUCAUGUCCUUAGUCAUCGAAAUGGGCCUGGACCGCAUCAAGGAGCUGCCCGAGCUGUGGUUGGGACAGAACGAGUUUGACUUCAUGACAGACUUCGUUUGCAAACAGCAGCCCAGCAGGGUGAGCUGCUGAUUCCCUGGAAGCAAACAAAGGACUUUCCCUCGGUGUGAAUG